AUGGUUCCAUAUCUUACCAAAAUCAAAGAUUUUUCUUUUUUGGAGAGCAAUGAUGACUCAGAGAAAGUGCGGUUUUGUGGAUUGGUUUUAAGAUUCUAUCCUCGAACGAGGGAAUAUAUAGGUAUGGAUGUCACUGAUUUCACAUCACAUCGUCAAGUUUGCCGAAACCAAGAAUACUAUAACGGUGGAUUGUUGCUUGAAAGAAACGAAGUCCUCACUCUACCGGUAUAUAUAGAAGCACUAGAAAGGAUCCAAAAUAGUCACCUAGAUGUGUUUGGGGAAGAGUACAACCUUAAAGAACAGUAUCUUUCAGGCGGUGGAGCUCUUGAUGUACAUGACAAACUCUUGGUUGUUGUAAUGACCUUAAAAAACAGACUAUACCAAGGAUUUCUUGAGCCAUAUUCAUAUGACCACGAGGUUCUUGACUAUGAAUAUUUGGACAGCAAAGAGAAACUAAUUGCCGACGACUUGUUUCGAAAUAUUAUGUCCCAUAAAGAAUACUUUUCAAAAGUCUCCCACUUGGCUCCUAAGAUUGUUCCCCAAAAGCUUUUGUCUCCAGCAGAUCCUUCUUCAAAAGACACAGAUAAUACACUGCAGGUGGAUGUUGAAUCAUCCCACAUAGACACAAAGACCAACAAUUCAUCCCCUAGUUCAAAGCACAGUCACCCACCCAAUCCAAGCACUACGAACUCCUCUCCACCCCUAGAUUUGGUUCCCGAUAUAGAACAUGACGAUUUUGAUUUCUGCAACAGUUCAACAGUUGGGUCUCCAGAGGAAGAUAAGAUCUACACUAUCCCAGAAUUGAAACAAUUGGACACGACUCUUGACAACAAGACAUAUAUGGUGAAAUGUAAAAUAAUUGGUUGCAUUCCCGAUGAUUGGAUGUACCUUUCAGGGAAAGAAAUGGACCCCAAAUCAAAUACACCCAAGGACCCAAUUAUUCGGGAUCUUGAGUGGAUUCUUGCUGAUGUUGAUGCAGAUGAAAACACCGUAUUGAAUUCUGAAAAUACCCUAAGCGUGAUUCUGACCGCACAAGAUAUAUUAAAGUUUUCACCAGUUCAGUCCAUCGAAGAGUUUUUUAUAAAUUGCUCCCGUUUAAGAGAACACUUGGACGCUAUCUUUGACAAGCCAACCGAGUUGGAGAUUAGAAAGGUCGAAAUACCUAUUAAUACAAACACGACAACUAUUGUCUGGAGUCCUGUUGAGUAA